AUGAUCAUGCAAGGGUUCCGCUAUCGCCCAGAGCUGUUGGAAGGGGUGGCCGAAGAGCUCACUCAGGAAUUGAGGAAAUACGAAGACUGGUUCAUGGUGGAUGGGUCGAAAUUGAAGGCGAUCACGGCCCAUUUUGUGGAGGAGCUGGAAAAAGGGCUUUCAAUCGAAGGCGGGACUAUCGACGCUGACUUAAGGCUCGAUGUUGUGCUGAAGCCCAUGAACGUCACAUGGAUCAUGGGAUACCCAACGGGCCGUGAAAAAGGACGCGUUAUCACCGUUGAUAUGGGGGGAACUAAUCUGCGUCGGAAAUAUAAACUUCCGGACGAAGUCAAGACAUCCACGAGCGAAGCCUUGUGGGAUUUCAUUGCGGAUCGGGUCGGAUCGUUUCUCAAGGAUAGUCACCGGGAGAUGGACCCGUCAAAACCGCUGCCACUAUCGUUCACUUUCUCCUUUCCAGUCGAUCAACACUCUAUCCGAAGCGGUGUUCUGCAGCGCUGGACCAAAAACUUCACUGUCGCCGGGGUGGAAGGCAAGGAUGUACACGUCCCGGUGAAAGUGGUUGCGCUGAUCAACGACACGGCGGGAACCCUCGUUGCAUCACAUUAUCGGGAUCCCCAGAUCGCGAUCGGUAGCAUCUUCAGCACCGGUUGCAAUGCAGCAUAUAUGGAGAAAUGUCAGGACAUCCCGAAGCUCCGCGAUGCGGGGCUGCCCGAAGAUGCAAAUGUAAUCAUCAACACCGAGUACGGCGCAUUUGAUAACGAGCGCAAGGUGCUGCCCCUGACGCCGUUUGACUACCAAAUUGACAAGGAGUCAGCUCGUCCAGGCACCCAAAUAUUUGAAAAGAUGGUGGCUGGUUUGUACAUAGGGGAGAUGUUGCGCCUGGUCAUGGUCACCUUGCACGAACAAGGCAUACUGUUCAAGGGCCAAGAUGUCACCCGCCUUCGAACAGAGAACACCUUGGAGGCAUCGUUUCUGUCUACUGCCGAAUUAGAUAUUUCAGACAGUCUCACUGACAUGAAAGAAGAAUUCGAGGAGCAUCUCGGUCUGAAGCCCUCGCUGGACGAGUUGAAGGCCAUCCGAUACCUUAUCGGCCUGAUCGCGACGCGUGCGGCGCGUCUCUACUCGUGCGGCAUUGCGGCCAUCUGCAAGAAGAAAGGGAUCCGGCAGUGUCAUGUCGGGGUGGAUGGCUCAGUGUUUAAUAAAUACAGCAUGUUCAAGGGUCGAUCAGCACAGGCUCUUCGUGAAAUUUUUGACUGGGACCCAGACAGCUUGGAUCUCAUUGCCUUGAACGCUGCCGAGGAUGGAUCUGGUGUGGGAGCAGCUUUGGCUGCGUGCUUGACCCUGAGCCCGGAUGAGAUAGUAGAAUGUGAAACAGAGGAAUAG